AUGCAAGCAAGAUCUUGCACCCGCAUCGUCAGCCAAGCCUGCAUCGCUCUCGCCGUUCUACUGGGCACCAUGGCUGCCGGCGCCCGUCCGGCAAGCCACAGUGCCCCGUCCGCCCCCCACAGCUCCGACCAGACGAUCACACUGUACACUACCGGAGCCGCACCGCCGAGAGCCACAGCUGCUUUCUCGCAACACCCCGUCUUCACCAGCCAGGGCCCGAUAGCCCAUUCUAACAGCUGGUUGCGCGCCUUGACGCGGCCAGGCGCGCUCCGGCCAGGCACGGUGACCGUCGUCGACGAGCAGCUCCGCGGCAAGAAGGAGUUCGGGCUGCCUUUGGAAGGGAGGCUGCAGGGCAUCCUCGUCACUAGCUUGGCAGAUAACAGCAGCCACAUGGUGGCGGUGAAGGCCUCGUUUGCCGGCGAUGGCACGGGUGACAGCCUCAGGUUCUUCGGGGUCCGUCGUGACGACGAGGAGGAGUCUCAUAUCGCGCUGGUUGGAGGGACGGGGCGGUACGACGGCGCCACAGGUUUCGCCGUUCUCAGAGCAGCUGAUGCACCUGAAACGGGUGGAAAUGUCAGCUUGAGCAGGGCUCUGAGUUUCAGAGUGCAUCUAAAGUAG